CCAAGCCCUAUGGAUUGACGGUCAUUCUAUCCAAUAGUUAAGAAAGAAGGCACUUGAGGCCCCCCCUCCUCCUACUCCCUACCAAUAGUGUGGUGCUCCCACUUUUCUCUGCCCACUGCUAAGCGGAAAUUUUCUCUCGGGCUGUAUUUUUUAAACCACUAGACCGCCCCCUUGGCGCUUGCGCAAACUGCUGACAAGGAAGCGGACGCGGUUUCUCCGGCGGGUUGUGUCCCGGUUCCAGCCAGAACCGCCCCAGCGGUGGGAACCCCGAGACUCAAGCCCCACCCUGGCAGAGGAGAAAGGCGUGAGAGAUAAUUCUGACAACCACAUGAAGGAGGAACCCUCUGUAGAAGCAAUUACAGAGCUUCAACUAAGGCAGUACCGAAUAGGACUCACAUCGACUCCAGAGGUGAUGACUCAUGGUUAUGGCUUGCAGGGUCAUAAACAAAAGAAGGCACAUGGGACUUCAGCAACUUUCUUUACUUGCAGAAACAGGAAGAACAUUCCUAGGUCCAGUAAAAUCAUCAAAAUUUAUUACUGAUGAAGAGUGUCAUGGAAAUGUAUUAGUCAGUUCAACAGUAAGGCUUCUUGAAAGUUUAGAUACGACCAGUGCUGUGGGGCAACUUCUCAAUGAAGCAGUUCAAGCACAGAAUGACACCUACAGGACUGGAACCACUACUCUUUUGUUUCUUGCUGGUGCAUGGAGCAGUGCUGUUGAAGAAUGUCUCCACCUGGGUGUCCCCAUCGCGAUAAUAGUGUCAGUAAUGUCAGAAGGCUUGAACUCUUGUAGUGAAGAGGUAGUUUCCCUUCAGGUACCUGUCCACAAUAUAUUUGAUCACAUGGGCAGCACAAAGGCAAUUUCUGAACUCAAGACAGUUAGUGUCAGUUUGGGUCCUUUUCUGCAAGACUCUUCAGGUGCUAGUUCAGUACAGGAAAAGCACGAUCUCAAAGAUGUUGCACCUCGAUUCACCUUUUACAGUCUUUCUGGGAGACCUGUCAAAUCAUCUGAGUUCUUCAAACCUGAUGCUAAAAUUGAAGCAGGUGAAAACACAUCACAAACUCUGAAAAGUAGUCUACAUACAGACACCUGCUUCAGAAAAUCUGUACUCGUCCAUAGUAGGCAUUUUAACAGGACAGAUAAUAAUCAAGGGAUACACAAGCCAGACAGAUUUCAGGAACUCCAUGGUGCCACUACUUUCCAAACUUACAGAUGUAGUGAUCUGGCUGAGUUGGCAGUGGGCUUGAGUCAUGGAGAUCACAGCAGCAUGAAAUUGGUAGAAGAAGCAGUCCAGCUGCAGUAUCAGAAUGCUUGUAUGCAGCACGGCAACUGUACAGUGCCAUUUGUGUUUGACAUUUCAAGACUCAUCACUUGCUCUCUGCCAGGCUUACCUGAAACCUUUUCUUGUGUUUGUCCAGGAUAUAUCGUUCAGGUGUCAAUAGCUUGCGCUGGUCUGAUCAAGGAAUUGGAGAAUCGGCCCAUCCGGGUAGUUCUCAUUGAGGGUGACCUUACAGAGAGUUAUCGCCACCUGGGAUUUAAUAAAUCUACAACUAUUAAAACGGUGCUAGGUAGUGUGAAGCUUCAAGAAGAUAGCUCAGAAGAACUGUGGGCAAAUCACAUAAUGCAACUGUUAAUCCAGUUCAAUGUGAAUCUCAUCCUGAUAAAAGGAAAUGUAUCUGAACACUUGACUGAAAAAUGUGUGCACAGUAAGCGGCUGGUUAUUGGGUCAGUGGAUGGCCAUGUGAUACAGGCUUUUGCAGAGGCCACAGGAGCAGUGCAAGUGGCCUAUAUCACACAAGUGAAUGAAGACUGUGUGGGCAAUGGGAUCUCUGUGGCCUUCUGGAGAAACCCCUUGGAGGUUAUAGAUAGGAACAAUAGAAUCGCAGUGUUGUUAAAAACAGAAGGAAUUAAUUUGAUUACAGCAGUGCUCACUAGCCCAGUCAGUGCGCAGAUGCAAACCAAAGAAGAUAGGUUCUGGACUUGUGCAUACCGUGUGUAUCACGCUCUAAAAGAAGAAAAGGUCUUCCUUGGAGGCAGUGCAGUUGAAUUUUUGUGUCUUAGCCAUCUUCAUAUUCUUGCUGAGCAGCCUCUGCAAAAAGGAGACCACACCUGUUUGGGAUGGCUUCAUCAUACUUCCUCUUGGCUGGCUUCAUCUCUGGAAAUAUACAGACCAACUGUGCUUAAGUACCUAGCAAGUGGAUGGCACAAAUACCUCUCAGCUCUCCUGUAUAAUACUGCCAGUUACUCAUCAGAAUUUGAAGCCAGCACGUUCAUUCAGCAUCAUCUACACAGUGCUAUAGGCUCUGGUUCUCCUUCAUCUUAUAUCUUGAAAGAAUAUAGUAAACUAAAUAGUGGAAUUUUUAAUUCAAGCAUUUUGAAUAAACUGGAGCAGUUUCCAAGAGUUUAUGAUGUUGUUACACCAAAGAUUGAGGCAUGGCGCCGAGCCUUGGAUUUAGUACUCUUAGUGCUGCAAACAGACAGUGAAAUUAUUACUGGACUUGGACAUGCACAGAUAAAUUCACAGAAAUUAGAGGGGUUUUUAUUUUUGUAAUGUUAUUGUCUAUGUCUUUGGAAAAUAAUCUUUUGUAAUAGAUCAUGCUAAUAGUAAAUUUAUUAAUAAUAUAGUCGUAGAGCCAAAAAUGCUAGCUGCUUACCAAGAAGAAGAAAAUUGAUGUGUGUCAGUAACUGUGCAGGGUCUAAGAAUAUACCUUACUUGUAAACUAACAAAUUAGCCUGUUGCUGUUUCAUGGGAUUCUACAUAAGAUGCAUAAUACAUGUAGGUGAGAAGCAUUAAAUGCCUUUUAUUACUCAAUAGCAAAAGGUAUUCCAGAGCUUUAUGUUGGUUUUUGUUAAUUUGUUGUUUUUCUGAGUACCACAGGGUCAAUGAGAACCUACAUACAGUGGAUUGUGUUGGAGAGGAACCUUGAACUUGGGAUAUUCUCUGCUUUUUGAUAAGCAGAAACAGUCCUGCUUCUUUGUCCAGCAGGAGCUGUUAACAUACUUCAAGAUGACUCGGUGUAAACAUAGCAUUGGACAUAGAUUGGAUAAAGAUGAAUCAAGUCUUUGAAUUCUUGGCAUAUCCAAUUGGUAUGUAAGGAUGCUCAGACUCUGAGGUGGGUACCCUCUUCCAGCAGUCCAUGUCAUUUUUAUUAGACUGGCGUUGGCAGGAGACCUAGUUGGAAUAAGAUCACUGAAAAUACCUUUAGGAAACAUAUAGCUAGAGGUAGAGAAUUUUUCCUACCACACUUAACUCUGGUAAGCAGAGAAGGCUACACAGGCUAUAUUUCAUCGCUUCAUUAGUAACAGCAGAGAGCACUGGAUUAAUGAAACUGAAAAUGGAUACUGGCCCAUCCUACCUCCACAGAUGUCCCUUCCUUUGAUGGGAUUCACAGAAAUCCCUGUACGGGGGUUGAACAUGGAGAAAAAGAAUCCACUUAAUGUCAAAUAAACUAAGUAUAAGCAAAGAUGAAAACAGAUUGCCUUAGUCCUCUGUGCUGCCAUAAUGAAAUACCACACUGGGUAAUUUAAUAACAAAAAUUUAUCUCAGUUCGGGAAGCCUAGAAGUCCAAGAUUAUGAUGCCACCAUCCAAUCUGAGCCUUCCUACUAUGUCCUCAGUAGUGGAAGGUAGAAAGCCAAGAGAGUGUUAACCCUCUCUAUAAGCCCCAUUUAUGGUGACAUUAAUCAUUCCUACGUACCUCCCAAAAGGCCCCACCUCCCAACACUGUUAUACUAGGGAUUAACUCAUGAGUUUCUGGAGGGGCUAAAAACAUUCCAACUAUAGCAUAAGCCACACAGUAUUACAUAGGCAACUAUACAGCAGAUGAAAAUUAUGUUUAAAAUGAAUUAAAUCAUUUAGAUUGAAGCUUUUUAAAAGCUGGCACAAGUUUAAAAUGAUACCAGAAAUUAAAUGGCAAAGAACAGGUUGUGAAAUGAGAAUUCAUACAGCUUAGAAAAAGAAAUGGGGUGAUGUUGGCAAGAAACACUUUGGACUAAGUUAUAGGUAUAGAGGAACAAAUAGGAAAAUACAAUCACACAGAUAAGUUUCAUUCCCGGAAACUCAGCAAAACACACAAACUCACAAACUUCCAAAUUCCAACAGAGAUCUUAAUACCAUUUUUCUUUUUAAAUAACCAGACUUUACAAAGCAUAACUGUCCUGUGUAAAGAAAGUGUGGGCCCAAUCUAACAUUAGAGCCACCCUCUGAAACUUGAAACCAUUAAGUUUAGGGACAGUUCUUGGUUCACUGGUUCAUACCAUUGCUUUACUGUAAAAGCCUCAAUUGAAUGGAGGGAAGGCAUUGGUGUAGUCCAGGGUCUGACAGAAUGCAAGUGCUUUGAUGUCUGUAUACAAUGCAGGGUUUCCAUGAUCAUAGCUUUGCAGAACCACAGAUUCUUGUCCAGAUAGCAGGAAGUAAUCAUUAGAACUACUCCAUACUAACGAACUCAUACAAGUAGUGUAAACUGAUAGGUAAUUUCACAUAUUUGUAACAACUGACAAGACCAGGAUACAGAGAUAUGAGCUAAGCCCAGAAUUUUAUUUGUGUAAGAAUUUCUUUAGAAAGCUAGGAAUAUUGUUUAUUAGGGCUGGAAUCAAAUCUAUGGGGCUCCUCUGAUAGAACCACUGGUUACUCCUCCGGAGCUCCAUUAGCCAGGAAGGAGAACUCUGGUCAGCUCUGUCAUACAUUAUUCAGACCUACAGACCUGCCCCUUGGGAGCUAUGCUACAUAGUCCCCUUGAAUGACUUACAGCUUUUAUUUGGGAGACAUCUUCCCCAAAGCGACAUAUUCAUUCAUUUCAUGUUUUUUAGUCUCAGAGAAUAGUGUUAUCUCCCGGUUCUGAGAGCAGUGGAUUGUAGUCUCCUGUGGACCAUCCAAAGGAACACUAUUCUAUGAUAGAUGAAAGACAAGAAACUAUCAAUUUCCAAGAUUCUGGACUUAGAUUUAAGACAAUUUUGUUCAAAUUCUGCCUUCUCUGCCCCCAUGUGACCUUGCACAAAUCACUUAAACUUUUUAAACAUUCUGAAAGUAGUUUGGAGAUUUCAAUGAUGUGAUAUACCUAACUCAAUAAAUGUAAACUGGAUGCUCAUGUCUAGGUAAGUGAGUUUUUUUGGGACAUCAUUAUAAAACAUUUUUUGAGCUUUGCAGUUUUAGUGACUCUCCUUUCCAUCCUCCUACUCAUUUCUGCUUUACAGUCAUUAGAAAUAAUAUUCCAUAAAAAAGGCUAUGUCCCUUCUUGGGAGAUAAGAGCAAUCAGAAAACAAAGUACUAAACAUGAUUUAUCCAAUUUAUUUAGGUGACUGGAGAAGAUAAAAACCCAGGCAGUGGAGGAAAAUAUUGACAAAGCUUAACCCUUUUGAAGACUUGCUAGGCUCCUGUGGCUUCUUCCACAGAGUAGCAGGCUACCUUCUACCUCUAGGGUUUCCAAGCCCAACCCAAACUAGGGAGGCUGAGGAAUCAGAAGCAGAUGAGUAUAAAUCCAGUACUCCAGUGACCCUGCCCUGAUUAUUGUCUCUGUCAUCUGUACAAAUGCUGCUGCUAGGUUCUUACUGUAACUUACCCGCCUUACUUUGGUAUUGUGUUUACACAGAGUAGUACUUCUCAACCCUAACAUCCUAAGAAAGUAUCUGGGGAACUUUUAAGAAGUACUCAUGCCUGGACAGCAAUGACAGAUAUUAGUUUAAUUAGUCUAAGGUCAGGGUCUUUUCAUACUUUAUAAUAUACAGUAGUUUUAUACUUUUAUGACUAUUUUAUAAAAGUUUAAUUCACAUUAAUAACAAUACAUUGAAUUGUUUAAACAAGUAUACUUUGGAUUUUGUUUCAGUAUCAUAUUUAAGCAAUCUUUCUUAACCCAGUUUGUAAAGAUCAUUCUUCUAUUCAUAUGAGAAUAUGUUUC